UGAUGACCGCCGCCGCCAUUUUCCUUGUUGUAGGCGCCUCAAAUGUCAUAAUAAUUUCAGAAAAUUAAUUUUAUUUCAUUUUUUAUGUUAUUUUCCAUGGUUAAUUAGCGUCUUCAACUAUAUUUUAGUGUUGUUGCGUUUUCCUUGAGCUGCGCGCCUUCUCGGAGUUCACCGUCAAAGUAUUCUAUAACAUCGUAAUUUCAAGGAUCCGCGAUCUUGGUGUUCUACAAUGAAAUGUGGGGAUCCUCUUCAUAAAAGGCAGCGAGCGUGAGUUACGCCCACGGAGGGACUUGUUUUGUGUAGUGCGGCCUAAACGGUGUGGUUUUCUUUGUUAGGAAUGGGUAGUGAAGUGUAGUGGAGUGCCGUGAAUGGACAAUGAGCGACUCGCCAGGAGUGGAAUGGCUGCCGGCAUACAGCCCGGGCCCGCCGCGGCACAGCCCACUAGGGCCCAUUCCGCGCUUCCUGUUCGAGGGCGUGCAACCGCUGGGGCUGCAGGAGAACAACAACAAGGAGGCAGACCAGAAGGAGAACGCAAACAAGAUCAAACACGCCAAACCCGCCUACAGUUAUGCUAGCAUGAUCCGCCUGGCAAUCAGCAGCUCUCCCAACGGCAAGAUGACCCUCAACGAGAUCUACACAUACAUCUGCAAUGCUUUCCCUUACUACAGAGAAGCUGGCAAAGGAUGGAUGAAUUCAAUCAGGCACAACCUGUCAUUGAAUAAAUGCUUCAUGAAAGUGGCUCGCAGCAAAGAUGAUCCGGGCAAAGGGUCAUAUUGGGCUAUGGAUAGUAGUUACAAAUUAUCCGAAGUAACUCCGCGGCGACGGAGAUCGCUACGGAUGGCGCCGUACAGCCCGGAGUGCAGCAGCAACAGCAGCGGUGAAGCGGCCGGGGCGGCGCUGCCGGCCCCCGACGCGGCGCCCACGCCCCCCGCCACGCCCACCGACCCCGCGCCCGACCACAAGCUGGCCGCCACCGAGCCCCACACCGCAGUGAACAAUGUAAAUGUUUCAUUAUUUUCAGAAUCGAGUCAUACAGACGACGCGUUAACAGCACUUAUGAAUGAAGAGCUCAUAUCAGACGUGGACAUUAGUGAAGAGCGGUCGUGGUGCUCGGGCGGGCGGCGGCACGUGUGCGCGACGCAGCUCACCUCCCUCACGGACGACUACGGCAACUUCGUCGUGUCGCACCACUGCGACUGCCCCCCCGACGACCCCCUGCCCGCCACCCCGCACACCCCGCACACGCCGCAGACCCCCCACACGCCGCACAGCCCGCUGUACUGGCCCAGCGACUUAUAACACUCCGUGUGCUGAACCUGGGAUUGCUCAGGUGGGAAACGAUCGUUUAUUAUGACGUAGGGCGAUGCUCUUUCAACACGCGGCGCUAUCACAUUAUCGGACGUGAGUUUGUCAUGCGAAAAUUACAGAUAUGUACUAAAUAUAAGUACAAUUCAACUGGACAACCAUCCAGUUUUUAUACGGAUUUUACACUAAAAUGAUGAGUUGAAAAGAGUGGAAAAAAUUGGAUAGCGCCCCGCUCGUAACAGUAGUUGCAUGUAUGUAACUAAAAUACUUGUAAAAAUGCAAGUGUUGCCAACUGAUUACAAUACUAACUAUGCGAUGUUUUUAUAUCGACCAUAUGAUAACUAAGACAGUGAAUAAUUACUAUUAUACACUGUAUUUUUACUGUUGUAAUUCUCAACGUGUUUUUGCCACAAGAGAUAAGACAGUAAGUUUGCCUCAAAUAUUCGUUUUAGCCACCUAUUUAAUAUUAUCUUACAUUUUACUUAACAGAUUACUAAUCUACUUAAAUGACAAGUCAUUUCCAAUCUAAGUAUUAUUAAAAUUUAUACAAAAAUAUGAUGUUUAUUAUUUUACUGACAUUCUCGAGGGGUUAAAGUUUCAAGUUAAAUUACCGACCUUUUACCCCACUGGUUGACAUGUAAACCUUAUAAAGGCAUGGUUUAUUAUUUUGAUGUUUUAUUAUAAAUAAGGAGCUACUUAUAUUUGAGACAAACAUGCUUAUUUAGCUAUUGGCUUGAUUAAAAUAUUUGUUGAUCAAAUAUAUGCCAAUAACAUUUGGAAAUGUAUUUUACUCGAUUUAAAGAUGUUAGCGUUAAUACAUGUUGACAUUAACGCUAUUGCCAGUAGUAUAGGAAUCACGCUGUUGACUGACGCACUGUGGACCUUAUUGUAAAAUAAAUAAGGUUCAAUGGUGGUCAGUAAAGAGUGGGUGUUAGUAAUACGUUCGGCCACGGAGCGUGGCCGCGAGUGUGUUCCAGACACUUGUUGCUAGAGUUAUAAGCACACUGUCACUAUAUCGUCAUCGCAAAAAUAUAUUAUUAAGUAAAAUAAACCAUUUAACUGCAAAAGAAUUGUUAGGUUACGUUUUAAAAUAUUCCUAGUAUUUCUACAAUCACUCAGAGGAAAAAUAAUCAUUUGUUUACACAAAAUCUAAAUUCGAUUUUUUGGGUAUUAUCUUACUUAAUAAUUUAUAUUUUUAAAGAGGAGAUGUAGGAUGGUAAUCUUAACAAAUAGUAUUCGAUGAUAAUUUUGUAAAGGAAUAAUAUCAAGGCGCGGUUCAGAUGAGUACCCAGUUCCAGUAUUAUAUCCCCGUACGUAUACUUAAGGGAUACAUACACUGACGAAUCAAAGGGAAAUUUUGGCUCAUAAUUUGAAAAAAUCGGUUUAUUGAAGUCACUAACUACACACACCAGCUGCUUAUUUUUGGGGGUUCAAUAUUAAUAUGUAUUAAUCCUACACCGAUCGUUGAACCGCGCCAGUAGCAAAGAUAUUUUUCAGUAAUUUACAAAUGUUAUUUUAAAUAUAAUAUAUGCCACAUAAUAAUCUAUCGACAUCACCAACAUAUCUGCCAAUUAUUGAUAUGAUAGUUGUACUUUAGUGUAGUUACCUCCCUAGCUGUAUACUUAGACUGUUGUACGUUUUGUAUGAUAGUCAAUGGACCAUAGAGCAGGAUAGAAAUACUCGUGUCACGAUAUUGGUGUCAUCAGAAGUGCAUUAGUUACACACUAAAGAGUUGUUAAUAGUAGAAGAGGUGUAAAGUUUAAGACUAAAUCGUUCCUCCAACUUAGCUCAAAUAAUGUUAACUCUGGUUGUCAAAAGUUGGCGUUUCAUUUUCUUCGUAGAACAUAACUGGCCCACUUGGAAAUAUUAAAUGUUUUCAAAACAUGGCACCGUACAGAUGAGUUUUUCUUAGACAUUACACCCCUUCUACUAUCAAUAUUUUUUUAGGUUUAACCUACAGCUAUACUACUUAAGACACAGCUUGUGUAUAAAGACUCAGCGUGUAGGAGACAGUACAAUGCGUGGCAUAUUGUUGUGAGUAAUAUAGAGUACCGUAUUCCACACACUUAACUAAUCAUUUUAUACGGUAUUUCAAAGAUAUAAGAUUUGUUAUUGGUUAGUUAAGUGUGUGUUAUCUACAUGAUAUCGAAAAAUAUUGAUUGUUGAAAAAGUAUAAAUAAAGUCUAAGGGAAAAUCGUGCCGAGGACAUGUGGUAACCGAUACAAACGUCAACCCUCAACUUUUGACAACCAGAAGCUACAACUCGAGGCACGAACUUUUCUUAGAGUUUACACCUCUUCUGUAAUGAAUAACUGUUUGACGAUACUGUGGAGACGAAGCAACAGUAUUGGAGCCAGAGGGCUACGAUCAGAUCUCAGAGUGACCAGUAUAUUGUAAUAAAUACAUAUAUUAGUUAUUUUAAUAUUAUAUACACGAGUAAUCAUUAUUUUAUGCAUAAUACUAACCGGCUCAGAUUUACUUGUCGAUGCGAGGUAGUACAUAAAAAUAUGAAUUAGUUGGUACGAAUUUAUUAUUUAAUAAAAAAUAAAAUAUGGAUAAACUAAAAAUGUAUGUAAUAUUCAUGUCGCACUUAUAUACGUAAAUGCUUAAUAGAAUAAUCGCGUAAAUGGGGCCUAUUGGUAAAUAUAUGAUAUAUAUAAAUAUAAAUAGCUCAGUACAGUACCCGCUUGUCCGAGUUUAUUUUGGGGGUGUAAAUUAUGUAUAAGUAUAGUUAGCUGCUGGAAAGUACAAUUUAAAAAAAUACAAACACUGACAUACUAAGCUGGGACUGUGACAUAGUAAGCUGAAUAUGUAGGAAUACAGGAAGACUUACCGUGCAACACCGAAAUCUUAAAUAUGUCCUAAUAAAAAGGUUUGCCAUCUAUUUAGUCACAAUAACAGCUCUUUCCCACUGACGUACAGUUGUUUGCGAGUACGGUUGUCUGCAGGAUGCCGUUUUCUGUAGUAUGCGUGCAGUAUCCCGCGAACAGAAUGCUUGGACGUUGCUAUAUUAGCAAGUAUACUAGGUACUGAAACGGGAUCCUGCAGAAAACCGUACCCGCAAAGAACUUGUCGUCAGUGGGAAAGAGAUCUCAGACUUACAUAGCUUGCGCUCUCAGAUCAAAAAAAGUACCCGGUACACGUGUUACAUAAAACUUUUGAUAUUAUAUGUAUUGAUCUAUUGAUAUCCAUCCAAAUUGUACUUUUCGCACCUAAUUAUUAGUAUCGCUCGUGCCAUACGCCGCGGCGGCACUCGGCGUCCCAUAUCUUAUUGAAAAUGUGUUCACAAUUUUUUAGAUACUAUACAAUCAUAAACAUAGUUGAGUGUACAUAGUUAUUUAACGAGGGGUUAUUUGUGUUAAUUAAGGUAAUAUUAACGUCGCUCUAGGCCGGGACGACAAAUCUGUAUAUUUUGUCAUUGCGCUAGUGCAGUUCGCGAGAAAAUAUGUGCCGAUUUCAGGCAAAAAAUAACAUAUUUUAUGUGUAUUUAUUGGCUGAGAACAACACAUCUGAAUGAAAAUGAAAAAUAUAAUUGCGUGUUCUUAUCUUACUGUUGUAUUUAGUAGAUCCGCUUAAAGCGCGCUGUCUCGCGAACUGGGGAUUUGCUAAUUGAGGUUGAAUUUCAUCUUUUUGACCGUUGCAGAUAU